CAAGACACUAUGAAGCACGUCGCAGCACCUCAAACUCAAUGGCUUCUGCUUGACAAGACCUUUGUCCUUAGUCUAACGUGAUGGCCAGUCCGGCGAAGAAGCGGAAGAGGGAUGACCUCGAAUCCUCCGCUCAGCGCAACCGGAGCAUAGCGUCAUUCUUCCAAGGGCAAGCCAGCAAGCGGGCGGAGAAGACUCAGCAAGCAUUGCAGACUCCAGCUGAAACUGAAACACCAGAUGAACAGACUCUAUCUGACGAGGCUCUUGCUCGCAAGCUUCAGGCUGAGUGGAACCAAGAGAUUGCCGCUCCAACAUCGCAGGUCGAUACUCCCACUAGCGAGCCUACACCGGUGCCGGCGCCGGCGCCUCUAGACUCGGAGGCUACCGACCUGAAACCAACCACUGGACAAAAUAAAGGCAUCCUAUCUCUUCAGUCAUCGACGGGAACGGAAGAUACGAUUUCUCUGGCUGUGCCGUUCGACCAGAGCCCCAUCACAUUUGACGCGGCCAAAUAUGCGCAGGAGCUGAAGGGCCACUGGGCCGCGCAGGGAGGCGACGCUACAUACGCGCUCUUAACCAGAGCUUUCGUACUUGCGAACGCAACAACCAGUCGUAUCAAGAUUGUGGAUACUCUAGUCAACUUUCUUCGGGUCUUGAUUGAAGGCGACCCUUCGAGUGUUCUUCCCGCAGUCUGGCUUGCGACGAAUUCCAUCUCACCACCGUACGAUGAGAUAGAGCUAGGCUUAGGCGGAUCCUCGAUAUCUAAGGCUUUGAAGAAGGUUUAUGGCCUUAAUAGUCAGGGUCUCAAGACCCUUUACGACAAGCACGGCGAUGCAGGCGAUGUGGCCUUCGAGGCCAAGAAGAGGCAGAGCUUCACCUUGAUGAAGCCCAAGCCACUGAGGAUCAAGGGCGUGUACCAAGCUCAUAAGAAGAUUGCCCUGAGUAAAGGAAGUGGAAGCCAGGAGGCCAAGCAGAGGAUAGUUGAAAAGCUACUGCAGGACGCUCGUGGUGCAGAGGAGAGUCGAUACAUUGUUAGGACACUCGUCCAGAAUCUGCGCAUUGGAGCUGUCAAGACGACAAUGCUUAUUGCGCUGGCCCGAGCCUUUCUAUACUCCAAACCAGAGGGAGCUGAGUUUGCUGUCCAAUCUCAACAAGACAUGGCGCGUUUGAGGAAGGAAGAACUCGCAGAGGUCUACAGCAAUGCAGAGGAAGUUGUCAAGGCAUCCUAUGCUAGACACCCGAACUACGACGAUCUUGUACCAUGCCUACUCGAGAGCGGCGUGACAGAGGAACUCCUUGUGCGCUGCGGGCUACAACUACACAUUCCCCUCAGGCCGAUGCUAGGCAGCAUCACGCGUGAUCUAUCAGACAUGUUAACCAAGCUACAAGGGCGAGACUUUGCCUGCGAGUACAAAUACGACGGACAACGCGCCCAGGUUCAUUGCGACGAGGCGGGUAAGGUGUCCGUCUUCUCUCGCCAUCUGGAGAAUAUGACCGAGAAGUACCCGGAUCUCGUGUCUCUUGUGCCCCAGAUCCGGGGCGAAGGAGUGUCCAGCUUCAUCUUGGAGGGCGAGGUGGUUGCAGUCGAUCAGGACACGGGGGAUUUGCAAGCCUUCCAAAUUCUCACCAACCGCGCGAAAAAGAACGUCGAUAUAGGCUCCAUCAAAGUGAACGUGUGCUUGUUCGCUUUCGACUUGAUGUACCUGAAUGGACAACCACUGUUGGAUCGCUCAUUCCGCGAGCGUAGAGAGCUCCUGCGGAGUCUAUUUGUCGAAGUGCCCAAACGGUUCACCUGGGUCAAGAGUCUCGACGCCACAUCCGCGGACUCCGAGGCCGUCCUCGAGUUCUUCAAAAGCGCCACCGACAUCAAAUGCGAAGGAAUCAUGGUGAAGGUGCUCGACAACGUCCUCAAAUCGGACCUCGAGCUGAACGGCACCACCGCGCCGCCCACUGACCCCGCCCCUGGCGAGAAACCCGACCCCAAAUCCUCUUCGACAUCCAAAGCGGGCGGAGGGCGACGCAAAGCCCUGCUGUCGACCUACGAGCCCGACAAGCGCCUGGAAUCCUGGCUCAAGGUCAAGAAGGACUACAGCACCUCCUCAGAGACGCUGGACCUGAUCCCCGUGGCCGGCUGGCACGGCAACGGCCGCAAGACGAAGUGGUGGUCGCCGAUCCUCCUCGCGGUCCGCAACCCGGAGACAGGCGGCCUCGAGGCCGUCACCAAGUGCAUGUCCGGCUUCACCGACAAGUUCUACCAGGCGAACAAGGACAGGUACGCCGAGGGGUCGCCGAAUGUGAUCUCGCGGCCCAGCUACAUCGAGUACUACGGCGCCCCGGACGUCUGGUUCGAGCCGCAGGAGGUCUGGGAGAUGGCCUUCGCGGACAUCACCCUCAGCCCAACGUACCCGGCCGCCAUCGGCCUGGUGAGCGAGGAACGCGGCCUUAGUCUGCGGUUCCCGCGCUUCCUCAAGGUCCGCGAGGACAAGUCCAUCGACGAGGCGACCACCUCGGAUUACUUGGCGUAUCUGUGGCGGAAGCAGUCUGAGAAGAGUAGAUUGGAGGGGGAGCCGCCCGCACCAGCGGACGAUGCUGAUGAGUAGAGAUCCACCUAGGACAUGGGCAUGACCUAGAAUAUUCAAACCAGCUAUUUGGCGUAGAUGAAAUGAUGAC